AUGACUGGCUGUUUUAUCAUAGUUUUGCUGACAAACAGUGAUGACUCAAGGGCUAACGACUGCGUGCCGCAGCGUGAACUGGAGGAGUGCAAAUAUAAAAACUACGAAAUUUUGAAAAAGUUCGACUGUUUUGAAUACGAAAAGGUUUCUAACAGUGCUCCAAGGCAAGUCAAAGAAGCCAUUGCACAAUGCACCCCCAAUAACGCUCCUGACGGGAAUCCAAAGGAACCCAAAGAAGCCACCACACUAAGCCCCCUCGAUAACACUCCACUUGAUGAAACAGAUCCACUGCUUCAAAGAUACCAAGAUUUUCCAAAGAGCCUCUUGUUCGGCAGCCUUGUAUUGGUGUACUCCUCAUGGGCAGAUGACCCGUUUCGACUGUGUAAAAUUACAUACCGGCCGAAUCAAGAUCCACAACCUCAUGGGAAUCUUUACAUUCUAACAACGGGUAGGACUCAAAAAGAAGGGAUUGUUCAAGCGUUCCAUCCUCAUCACGUCGACGGUCACAAUUGUAGGUAUAAAGCAAGAGCCGAGAUUUAUCGGAAUGGGAUGUUUAAUGAGACGAAAGUGAUCUACACAGACAGGAAACGGUGCACCAUACUCAGAACUCCAGGAUAUAAUAACCUCUGCGAAUUGUUUACAUCUGGUCACUAUACUAGUGGUUCCUUAAAUAGUUAUUGCUUUUUUGUUUACACUAUGUAUUGCAAGGAACCAGCGAAGACAUUUACAAAGUUGGGCGACUGUUGGCCGCCUGGAAGACAACCAAACCCGUAG